AUGCUCUGUUCGCAGCAGCUGGGAUUCUCCGGGGGACUCCCAGGAAAUUACACCUUGCUCUCAGCUCUCUCCAUCUCGUGUGAGCCUGUUGUGUCGGCCACUUGUCGCCUGCUCUCCUCCUCCCUUCUUCAAGACAAUGAUGUUUACGACUUCAGAGGGGAUCCUCCAGGCGCUGCUGACCCAGGCUCUGUGAGUUUGCUCUGGGUGAAGAUUGCUCUCUGCAGGGGGGGCUCUGAGGUGGUCCCUCCCGCUGGCUCCACUCUCCCGUUCUCCAGAGACUCAGCCACUCUUGGGCAGGAGCUGACCUCUGCUGAGAAGACUAUUGGAAAACAGAGGAAGAGACUGGAGGAGCAGUACGCAGUGAUACGAGAUCUGCAGUGA